UUAUGACACUGCAUGGAAAGCUCUCAAAUGAACCGAGUUCCCCACAACCAUUACAAAAAAAUACACUUUUUUUUUUUAACCCUAACUUGUCUUAUUUGUAAGUUACCAGCUGCACGUUCGAGGCUUUUAACUUCACGACAAGGCAAAGGACUACAAUUACCGGAAAGGACGCUGGCCUAUGACGUGCAAUUUCUGCGUCUAACAUUUCAGUCUUUGAGGAUAUCUUUAUUAGCUUCAUGGUUGGUACGAGUUACUAAGUAACCAUGGUGAUGAAGUCAGCCAUCGAAGACGAUGAUGCUGGCUGGGGACUCGGCAUCCCUGAAAAAAUGAAGAACAAUGCCAACUGGGUCGAUAUCACACAUGAAUUCAAGGGAGCAUGCAAAGAGUUGAACCUCGGAGAGUUGCUUCAUGACAAACUGUUCGGCCUGUUUGAGGCCAUGUCAGCCAUAGAGAUGAUGGAUCCCAAGAUGGAUGCAGGAAUGAUCGGAAACCAGGUCAACAGGAAAGUGCUCAACUUUGAACAAGCCAUCAAGGAGGGUGCCAUCAAGGUGAAAGAUCUAAGUCUUCCUGAACUCAUCGGUAUCAUCGACACGUGUUUCUGCUGUUUGAUCACGUGGCUGGAGGGUCACUCCCUGGCUCAGACUGUGUUCACCUGUUUGUACGUCCAUAACCCCGACCUGAUCGAGGAGCCGUCUCUCAAAGCCUUCGCCCUGGGCAUCCUGAAGGUGUGUGACAUCGCCCGGGAGAAAGUCAACAAGGCUGCAGUGUUUGAGGAGGAGGACUUCCAGGCUAUGACCUAUGGCUUCAAGAUGGCAAAUAAUGUGACAGACCUGCGUGUGACAGGCAUGCUGAAAGACGUGGAGGAUGAGUUACAGAGGAAAGUGAAGAGCACCCGCAGUCGACAGGGUGAGCAGCGGAACCCCGAGGUCGAGAUGGAGCAUCAGCAGUUUUUGGCUCUUUUCAAUAGAAUCAAGUUCACGCGCCUUCUGCUGACUGCACUGAUCACCUUCACCAAGAAAGAGACCAGCUCAGUGGGAGAGGCCCAGAAGCUCGUGGUUCAGGCGGCUGACCUCUUAUCAGCCAUCCAUUCAAGCAUUCAGCACGGCAUCCAAUCACAGAACGACACCACUAAAGGAGAUCACCCCAUCAUGAUGGGCUUCGAGCCCCUCGUAAAUCAGAGACUGCCCCCUACCUUCCCCCGCUACGCAAAGAUCAUUAAGAGGGAGGACAUGGUGGCCUACUUUGGGAAACUUAUAGAACGUAUCAAGACGGUCUGCGACGUGAUCAACACCACCAACCUGCACGGCAUUCUGGACUUCUUCUGUGAGUUCAGUGAACAGUCUCCCUGUGUGCUCUCCAGAUCUCUGCUUCAGACGACGUUCCUGAUCGAUAAUAAGAAAGUGUUUGGGACCCACCUGAUGCAGGACAUGAUUAAAGAUGCUCUGAGGUACUUUGUCAGCCCCCCUGUUCUCUCCUACAAGUGUUGUCUGUUCAACAACCACCAGGCCAAGGACUACAUCGACUCCUUUGUGACACACUGCUCCCGGCCAUUCUGCAGUCUGAUCCAGAUCCACGGACACAACCGAGCUCGGCAGAGAGACAAGCUGGGUCACAUUCUGGAGGAGUUUGCCACGCUGCAGGAUGAGGCGGAGAAGGUGGAUGCAGCGCUUCACAGCCUGCUGAUGAAACUUGAGCCUCAGCGACAGCAUCUGGCAUGUCUCGGCACCUGGAUCCUCUACCACAACCUGAGAAUCAUGAUCCAGUACCUGCUCAGUGGCUUUGAACUGGAGCUGUACAGCAUGCACGAAUACUAUUACAUCUACUGGUAUCUGUCAGAGUUCCUGUACGCGUGGCUGAUGUCCACACUGAGCCGGGCUGACUCGUCUCAGAUGGCAGAGGAGCGGAUCUUGGAGGAGCAGCUGAAAGGACGCAGCAGCAAAAAGACAAAGAAGAAGAAAAAAGUUCGCCCUCUCGGCAAGGAAAUAACAAUGAGUCAAGCAUACCAGAACAUGUGUGCCGGCAUGUACAAGACGAUGGUCGCUUUGGAUAUGGACGGGAAGGUGCGUAAGCCUCAGUUUGAGUUGGACAGUGAGCAGGUCCGCUACGAGCAUCGCUUCGCCCCCUUUAACAGCGUGGUCACCCCCCCACCUGUGCACUACAUCCAGUUCAAGGAGAUGUCUGAUCUGAAGAAGUACAAUCCUCCACCAGGCUCUGCUGACCUCUACCUGGCCGCCAGCAAACACUUCCAACAGGCUAAACUCAUCCUAGAAAAUGUGCCCAGCCCGGACCCUGAGGUGAACCGUAUACUGAAAGUGGCCAAGCCCAACAUCGUAGUCACCAAGCUCCUGGCAGGAGGGCACAAGAAGGACACAAAGGUGCUCCCAGAAUUUGACUUCUCAGCCCACAAGUAUUUUCCUGUCGUCAAGAUUCUCUGAUUCUGCUCCGAGAGUCAUCACAGAGACCCCGUCAGCUGCAAAGACCACACCCUCACCUGUGUACGUGUGCAAAUCCCCCUCAUCCAGUCCAUGUGUGGACUCUGACUUUGUGUGGUAAAGAAGAAAAAAAAAGGAGAGUCUGACACACCCUGUUCCCUUUUUUCAACCGAGAGAUGUGACAAAGAAACCAGAGAAUCACAAGUGGACCUGAACGAGUGACAACACUCACAUCUGUUUGUUUGUUUGUCUGUGUGUGUGUGUGUGUGUGUGUGUGUGUGUGUGUGUGUGUGUGUGUGUGUGUGUGUGUGUGUGUGUGUGUGUUUCUGCCUGUGUGCAAGUUAAAGACGCGUCGAGGUGCUUUUGUACAAAGAACUGUCCUAUGAGAACUUUUAUAUGCUGCCUUCAGAAUUUGAACAUCUUGAAAAAGUACGGCUGUAAUGGAAACAGGUGCAUAUCAUUCAAUCAUAUGAGAUCUUUCAAUGUAUUUAUGUGCUUAUCUGAAUAAAAAUGAUGAGUCUGAAAUGUC